AUGGCCGGAAUCGUUUUAAUCGCCGUCUUUGCCCUCUGCGUCUUCCCGCCGGCCAUAGCCGAAGACGCGCCCUCGCCGGUCCUCCGGUUACAGUCCGAAGGGAAGAGGGUGUGCGGCGGGGUAACGGCGUCGUCGUGCCCCGUUAAGUGCUUUCGGACGGACCCGGUUUGCGGCGCGAACGGCGUGACGUAUUGGUGCGGGUGCAGCGAAGCAGCGUGCGCCGGCGCACAAGUUGCGAAGUUGGGUUUCUGCGAAGUAGGGAAUGAGGGUUCUGCUCCUCUGUCUGGUCAGGCACUGCUUCUGCUGCAUAUUGUGUGGCUCGUUGUUCUUGCCUUCUCCGUCUUCUUUGGUCUUCUUUAA